AUGGUCGUCUGGUACUAUUAUUUGCCUCCAAUAGUCGCGGGCAUUAUAACUUUAUGGGUGUUGAAAAUCUCUUACUUUUUCAUAACACGUAGAUAUAAACAACCAGUAGCUUAUCAAAAUUCUACUGAAGAAAGCGAUGUUUAUGGUAGCAGUGAAAAUUUAUCGUCGUCAGAAAGCUUGAAUUUAGAACAAGAAAAAAAAAUGGUGGAUAUCAAUAAAAUUACGAGAUGUAGUAGCUACGGUUCAACUGAAGAUGAAAUGCAGGAAAGUAAGAAUUAUACUACAACUCAAGAUGUUUUGGACACUUUUAAAUGUAAUUCUGAUUCUAAUUCAUCGAUUAUGUCAUGGGAGUCAUGUCAUGAAGGAAUCAGCCACUCUGAAUUGGACUUUGUAAAUUGCUCGUCUUUAGAAAAUCAUCCAGAAAUAUGUCAACCGCUCAAUCUAUGCAUGAGGGACAAAAAAAAUGAAACAGGGACAAUUAAUAAGAUAACUAGAACAUUUUUCACGGACAGAAAACAUAAGAGCAUAAAAGGCAUACCAGAGAAAACCCCGGAAAAAUAUUUAGGAACAAAAAUGAUUGAAGAUUAUGAUCAAAUAUCUGCUAAACAUCAUGAUGAAUUAAAGGAUGAAUACAGUUUGGAUAUGACAGAACAAGAACUCAAAGAUGACAACAAUUUGGAGAUCUCGGAAACCUCUUCUAUACAUUGUGAUGAAUUAAAGGAUGAAUACAGUUUGGAUAUGACAGAACAAGAACUCAAAGAUGACAACAAUUUGGAGAUCUCGGAAACCUCUUCUAUACAUUGUGAUGAAUUAAAGGAUGAAUACAGUUUGGAUAUGACAGAACAAGAACUCAAAGAUGACAACAAUUUGGAGAUCUCGGAAAUCUCUUCUAUACAUUGUGAUGAAUACAGUUUGGAUAUGACAGAACAAGAACUCAAAGAUGACAACAAUUUGGAGAUUUUGAAAAUAUCUGCUAAACAUCAUGAUGAAUUAAAGGGUGAAUACAGUUUGGAUAUGACAGAAUAUGAGCUCAAGAAUAGAAACAAAUUGGAGAUAACAAAACUCUUUUCUAAAGAUCGCGAAGAAUUUGAGGAUGAAUACUAUUUGAAUAACAGAGAACAAGAACUCAAAGGUGACAACAAUUUGGAGAUCUCGGAAAUCUCUUAUAAAGAUUGUGAUGAAUUAAAGAAUGAAUACAGUUUGGAUAUAAUAGAAUAUGAGCUCAUGAAUAAAAACAAAUUGGAAAUAACAAAACUCUCUUCUAAAGAUCAUGAAGAAUUGGAGGAUGAAUACAGUUUGAAUAAUGGAGAAAAUUCUUCAAACGAUGAUCAUGUGAUGCUUGCAAAUGUUCUGGAGACAACUGGAGUCUCUCCUAUAUAUCAGGAUGGGCAAACAUAUGAUGACAAGUUUUUAACAAGCCCGGAACUCUCCUCCUUAAAUAAUGAAAAAAGCAUUUCUGGUAUUGAUAGUCCUAAUAUCAAAUUUCAUCAUGAUGAGGUUGAAGACAUCAAUGGAUGUCGCAAUACUUGUUCAUCUGAAUGUACAGAAUCAUUACCGAGUCCUAUAUUCAACAACGAUGAUAACGAUUCAAUCGAUGAUAUUCGGUAUGUGGAAGACUACAGCGAUAUUAGUUUUUUUGAUCCAACGUUAUCAGAUGAUGCCUUGAAUGAAGCUUUUGUAAUCGUAGAAGAUAUCUAA